UGGAUGUUUCUAUUUCCUUGUUGAGAUUUAUUGUUGAUGUUUUGAUUCUAUGACUAUGGUGAUCCUGUGGUUAAUUAAACCUACGCGAUCGAACUUGCAUGACAGUUAAGUGUCACCCACUGAAUAUGCCGCAGUAAGCAUAUUAUUUUUUGGCUUGUGGAAAACACCAGGUUUAUUUAUUAUUAUAUAAAAAGGUUUCGACCCAUAAGUCUCAUGGAUUUUGUCUUAAUAAUAUGAUGAAAAUCCGGAUUUACGGAUAGAAAGCUUUGCAAUAGUAUAACGUGUUGUUUUCCUCAAACAACGUAGUCAGCAAAAAUUUCGAAACAAUGCAAUUCUCAUGAAACAGCAAGGCCAAGAGCAAUAUGAUGCAACUCUUGCUGUCAAUGAAAGGUAAAAACUGAUAUAGGUGAGUUCAUGUGAUUAUGUUUGAAUUUUUGAAAGCACUGUUCAUGAUAAAACAGUCAUCUGACUACCACCAGUCUACGACUAUAAUAUAUGUAUGUAUUGUUUCGUUCUAUUUUCAGAGGGAAAAUCCCUGACACGUUACGUCAUUUAAAUUAUAAGUAUUUAACAAUCGCCAUCUUCAAGCAUAAUCGCAGUUUAACAUAUACGUUUGUAGGUGUGUGUGCAAUAAUAAAGAAUAUUUUUCAUUUUAAAAGCAUCAGGUACGGCUAAUGUAUAUCUAAUUUUAUUGUUAUAGUUUUCUGACUAUCUAUAUAUCGAUGCUUUUACGGUAUAAGAAUAAAUUAUGCGUUUUUAACAGUGCGAGGGAUUAGAUUGGUCGUAUAUUAAUUACAGUUUCAAAGAAGUUUUCAAAUUGAGUCGUGUAGUCACAAGCAAUGGUUCUUAGACUUAGACCUGUAUAGCCUAUAGGCUAUGAAAUUCGUAUGGAACAGCACCUCUGAGGGUUACUCUGUUUCAAAAAUAUAAAAUAUAACCUUAAAAUAUGCUUGUCGUUUUCUUUGUGAUCCAGAAAUGCAGUCAUUAAGUAUAAAAAUCUAAAACUUUUUUGGAAGAGGACUGCCCUGUUUUCCUCACAAAUUACUUGUGUGCUGGGGCGACGGAGCAGAGGGUAAAGUGGGACGAGCGAAGCCCGCCGAUAGAGAUUAGAGUAGAAGAACUAAUAUUCUUCACCGCCUGAAAUGCAAAUUUAAGGUUAUGAUAUAUUGAAUAUUCACAAUUCCCCGCUACGUGGUUUAAUUGAAAUAGUUUUUGUUGGUGGUAAGGUAAGACAAAUCUUCUCUAGUGUAAUGAAUAAUCUAUGUGUGUCUCCCCCCUAAACAAACCAUUUAAUGGCCCGCCCCCAGCCGGAAUAAUUAGCCCGUAACGUCUACCAUUUUAGGUACAGUAUAUAGUGACAUAGUGUGCACUAAAAUUAUGCCUAUAUAUGUUAAAAGAAUAUUUAAAGAAAAAUAUGAAAUCUUUGCUUGUUUUCUAUAUAGGAUGAGCCUUCGCAAGUUACGUAACACUGAUCGUAUCCAAAAUAUCCAAAGCAACACUCCUAAGCCAGUGAUUGGGUCCUGGAAGAAGUAUUGGUGUGAUCAGUCAGGAGAAUUGUGGCCAGAAACGUGCAGAUUUCGUGGUUGCGGCGAUAAUGCAGAUGGAAGUGCACAUGUAAUCGUAAACUAUGAUGAAGAUUUUGAGUAUAUCAUCCCGAUAUGCGACGACCAUCGAGAGAUUUCAGAAAUUUUUUCAGUGAACUCUGGCACUCUCGCUGUUCGUAUUGACAAAGAAGAAAUUAUAACAGAGCUGGUGGAAAACCUAGUUGAGAAGUAAGGUGAUCUUGUUGACCGGAUUCUUCUGAACCCAUGAAUAUUGCAGGUUGAGACUUCAAAAUUGAAGUGUAAAAUAUGUAAAAUAUUUUGUAAAAUAUACCCAAUUUCACAAUUUCUGCGAUUAUAUAGCUAAUUAUAUUUUUUAUGGGUUACUCAAAAGUUUUUUUGUUUUGUUUUAGGUACGGCAAAUUGCACUUGAAAGGUGGCAUGCGAGUGCAAAACAUUCAGGGAACUAAUGUUUGCCAUCCACGAGGACGAAAACGCGGAACGUGGAAGAAAUUUUGGCUUCGCCAUAGUGACAGUGAAUGGCCAAGCUUAUGUCGCGUCAGGCACUGUAUGGAACAGGCAGAAGGUGGAGCCCAUGUACGGAUGAAAAAGAAAUGCGGGGUGUUCAUUGUACCCAUGUGCGGGAAGCACAACAACGCCCAAAAUCAGGAUUGGUACUCUGUUGAGGAACACACCAUUGCUGUGCGAGUUGACGAGGAAGACACAAGUGGACCUGUUGGGCCUUGUUACUUGUGACAUAUAACCCCCAUGUAUUUCUGCAACUAUACUAUAUUCCUUAUUAAAUAAUGGGUUAGAUCACAGGAUAUGCUGCUAUAAUCGCUCUGGUGGAACCAAUAAACUGAUGACGCAUUGGAAAACGAAAUGUCAAUCAGCUCUUAUAUUUUAAAUAAAUAUAUCUUCAAAUUGUGGUACGCAUGAGAGGCAUGUCACACUCGAUCGAUCUCUUGCAUGCGGUUAAGUACUUUUCUUAUCAAUGUUAAGCCACUAAGUUUACAAUGUUCUUAUUAAUAUUUAUUCUUUCUUAUUCUUUGAGGUAUAUCAUAAAACUGUCAAUGUAAGAUAACGCAUUUGGGUUUUUUUAUAAUGUAACAUAAAUUAGUCAAGCACUGCAUGUUGAAUGUAAAAAGUAUCAGUAAUUGUCAGAUGCAAGAUCCCAAUGCCUGUGAUCUGGGUAUCCUGCAUGGCUAUAGAUGUAAUUAUAAAUUAAAUAAAAAUUAAAAGGCAUUGUAUAUAUGCAUUCUCAACGUUCAUUCUUGGGACCUCACUUUACCCUAUACUGGACUUUCCAACCGUUCUGCUUUUAAUAACC